AUGGAGGUGGUUCAAUCGGCCUCCACAGAAAUCACAAUCGCUAAGAAAUCCUUCAAGAAAAUACCCAGUGUCCUUCUGGGCAGCCUAGUGGAGGAACCUAAAAAAAGAGAUGCUGUCCCCAAUCACCUGCUAGAAUCAAAGAUUUAUUCAGAACUUCAGAGGAGCAAGAUUAUACAGGCUGAGCCUGCUGUGUUACACUAUGGAGGGUAUGAAGUUGGAAAACAUCACCAACAGAUGCUGAAGCUGAUAAAUAUUUCUGGUGAUGUAAUAAACCUUCACAUAAUACCACCCCAGACUAAGUAUUUUCAGAUCAAAUACAACAAAACUCACCGGCUUGUCCCUGGCUUGUCAUAUGUGGUUACUGUUGAUUUUUGUCCUGAUGAGUGGCGGUAUUACUAUGACUGCAUCCGAAUUCACUGUCAGGGAGAAGAUACAUUAGUCGUUCCUGUGCAUGCUUACCCUGCUGUGAAUGUUGUAGAAUUUCCAUCAUUUAUAAAUUUGUCUGAUGUAUCAGUUGGCAAGAGUAAGGAGUAUGUUAUCCCGUUGCAGUGCAGCUGUCCAAUAGAUUUUGAAUUCCACAUUGAUUUUAUUCAGCCUCACAGAGCCUUCACUGUCCAGCCAACAUUUGGAAUCAUUCCAGGCAAUGGGAAAGUGGAAGUAACUGUGAAAUAUUCCCCACUUGAGUAUGGAACAGCACAAAUGACAAUGCAGUUAUGGAUUUCACAGUUUCACUCAAAACCCUAUGUAUGUGUAUUCACAGGAACAUCAACACCACAUCUGGGUCUAAUAAAAGACCAUUUUGACAAACAACGAAGUCGUCCAGAGAAAAAAGCUGCAUCUGCAGGAAAAUCCGUGGUGUGGAGAAGAGACCAAUUCAGCCAACCACGAUCGAGGCCUAGUCAAAAAGUAAAGGAAAUUGAAUACCAGAACCUCAGAUUCCCGACAGACUUGUCAAAUCCAUAUGCUGUAGCUACUGUUUUGAAUCAGGAACCAGGCAAAUUGAAGAUUAAGGACUUGAAAGAAGCCCUUUGCCAAGGCAGUGAAGGGAUAAAAACAAGACAGAUGAAGGAAGACCUAUUUCAACUUAAAGUCAAGCAAAAUAUUCAGGAAGAGGAAGCAAAUCAUCUGAAGUGGCAAGUUCAUAAAGGCAAAGAUCCAAUCUCUGUGGAAUUUAAAAAAGAGAUUAUUGAAAACCGACAGAGGGAAGAAGAGCAAUACAAGAUCCAAAGAGGAGAUCCUAUCAUAGAACAGGAGUUUCAAAGGAACAAGGUAGAAGUUUCUUUCAGACGUGUUAUCCGGCCUGUUGACCAGCAUCCAAGUGUCCAUCCCACAUUUGACUUGCUCCGUAAUGACCCUUGGGACAACAGAAACAGGAUGUUGAGGAAAUUCCAACAAGCAGCAUACAAGAUUGUCAUUCAGAUUCGGCUAAAUCGUUUACUGCUUCUGUUCCGUGGGCUAACCAGAGAAGCCAGAGGUUUGGAGGAAGGCUCUGUGUCUGAAAGCAGGAGUUUCAGCAAACCAGAGAAGAGUGAAGAAUGUAAGGGCUUUUCUUCCAGCAUAUCUGAAGAUCGUGUAUUGCCUUUUGAAUUCCCCUUUUACAGUUCCCAUGAAUUGCACCGUGAUUUGGCGCCUGAUGCUCUUGGCCUAGUUCCUAUCGAAUCUGUAGAUGUGAAAGUCAGACACAUUCUUCCUUUUUAUGACCUGAAGGUUCCUCAGCAUUUCAGCAUUAUGAAGUAUCAGCCAUUUUGUACACACUAUGCAGCCACAAGUUACAAAUCUCGAAAACUCUCCCGACCACUGAGGCAGGGAGCCCAGGAUGAGUUGAUUCAGGUAGUUGCUUCUCCUGAGGGGCAGCUUAACCUGGUCUCCCAGAGGACGGAUUUUCACAAAUCAUCCCCUGAAGAAGUAGCAGAAAGGGAUAUCAGCCUCUUAAAACUGGUUCCUCCCCAAGCUUUAGUCUACCCUGCAGAGAGCAGCCCACUUCGCAUUUUUAACCCCACUCCAGGAUUAGUUCCAUUUUUACUUCCUUUGGCCUAUUCUGAAACAAACAUUGAAUAUCACCUUUGUCCUCAUCCAAAAUAUACCUUUACCAAGGAAUGCCCGAAAGGAUCCAGUAUUCCAGUCACACAAAAGAAAUUUCUGCAUCACAAGGAAGUGAUUUGUGGAGUAAUGGAAUGGAGAAGAUUCUUGCCAGUGGUGUAUUCCACUUUUUCUAACACUCCCACAUUGACAAGUACAACACCUAGGGAUCCUUACAGUUUAGAUAUGCUUCCAAGAGAUGUACCACCAAUGCUGUAUGACUUACCUGAGAGAGACAGGGAGAACAUACUUGACCAUGAGAGAGAUGAAACUGAGUUCAAAAUGAUUCUUACUCCAGAGAUAGUGAGAGCUGAAUUUCCACAAAUUGGGCAGGCACUCUUGGAAGAAGGCAAAGAGAAAUCAGCAAAAGAAGAAAGUGAUACAGCGUUGAAUGGUGCUUUUCCUGGAGACCCGCACAACCAUCCAGAUGGACAUUUUCAACCCCAAACCAACGAGCUCAGAGAGAAGGUUCAAAAACAUGUGGAGAAAAUGAAACUGAAAGCACUUAAUAAAACCCUUAUUCUGGGAUAAGAGUAGUUUUACGAAGUCCAUGGUUUGGCACUGCUUAUCCUGUUAAUGCGUGAGGCCUCCUAUGUCCCAGCUACAUGUACUUAUGUUCAGUGAGGUCAGCAACUUCUUAUGCAAAGAGAAGAGAACCACCAGUAAUGCCACCUCUGUCAAGGACUCUCACUGUGACCGUUAUCCCAAACACAAUAAUUGUUCCAAUGAGAAUCCUCAGCCAUGUACCUGCUCAUUUUGUCCUGGUGUAAAGGACCAGAAAACCACAGUACUACUGUGUAAAUAGUUUGGUCAUUAAUUUACAGCCCACUGUUUUCAAAUAAAAU